ACAAUAUGAUCACCACUAAGCUCUUAUUAUAUGCCUUAAUACUUUUCCUCUUAAACACUCUUCCUCAAGUUUUUGGGGGCUAUGACCAACUUAACACAACUUCUUCAUGGCUAAAAAACCACACCAAAGCACCUACAAUGUCAAACUGGGGUAGGCAAAAGCCACCGAUGUGUAAACCAUGGAUUUGCAAACGAUCCGGACCACCAAUGGCUCGAAUGAGAUGCUGUCGUAACCAAUGCGUUGAUGUCUUGUCCGAUCCAAACCAUUGUCGGUUCUGUUUCCGGAGUUGUCGGUUCGCUUUGUCUUGCUGCGAUGGAGAUUGUGUAGACACGAACAUUGAUCCUUCUAAUUGUGGGCAAUGCGGAAACAAGUGUGAUUCUGGUGCGCCUUGUGAGUUUGGUUUGUGUGGUUAUGCUGCUCCGUCGUCUCAGCCUGGAAAACAUCAUCGUCAUCAUAAGUUUCAUCGGCCACGUCCUCCUCCUUCACCAGAUAGUAACGGUGAUAGUGAGCUUUAUGAUGACGACCGUGAGGAUGAAUAAAUCGUAACGUGGUGAGAUGUACUCAGAUUGAGUGUCUGAGUUUAACUAUUGAUGUUCUUCGGUAAUUAGUAAGUAACUUCAUGUGUUUUGGAGUUCAUUUUUUCAAUGAAUUUUAUCUGUAAUGUUAUAAUAAUUUGGUUCCUUUGAAUAUUUGUGUGAUUUGCGUUUUGAGGGUUCAUCGUGUUUUGUAUGGUAUAAUAUGUAUGGUCAGUCCAAUUGUUACGGUCAAUUUAUAUAUAAAUGAAAUAUCAAUUAGUUU